CCAUGUGGUGGGUGAAGCACAUGUACGAAGUGUACAUGUUCUCAGUUACGAGUUUAGAACUUGAAAUAGUUUAAUUCAACGAUCAAGAUGCGUGCACUAAUUCAAAGGUUUGCUUUGGUGAGACAAGCCCGAAAACUGACGAGAUUUUCGUCUGAGGCACUUCAAACUGAUCAAACGCAAGUCCGCAAUUACACUGACAAGGGUAGUAAGCUUAUUGAAAGUGGCACACCACGACUCAGAAUGGCAGCAUCCCUUAACAAACGGAAACACAGAGAUAAACAUAACCGCAUCAUCCUGGAGGGAUGGCGUCUUGUAAAGGAAGCUUUGAUGGCCAACGCCAGAGUAUUAGGUAUAUUCUACAGUGAUCCAGGCCUAUUGGAUCAUAUUGACACUUCAAAUUUGCCAAAUAACUGCCUUGCUCAAGUAAGCCAAGAAACAAUGGAAACUUUAUCAAAUGCCGUCACACCCCCUGGUAUUGUUGGUGUGUUUAAACGACCAAGACAAGGAGAAGGAGGAGAAUUAAGGAGCAACAGUGAACUUGAAAAUCGUCUGACAGUGUUAUGUGAUGGCCUGAAAGAUCCAACAAACUUAGGUACUUUAGUGCGGAUUAGUGCAGCAGCUGGGUGCCAAUCUUUUGUCACUUCAAUUGGCUGUGUUGACCUGUGGGAUCCAAAAGUAUUACGAUGUGCCGCUGGUGGACACUUCUAUGUUCCACUUCAUUACAACUUGAACUGGGAAGAGAUCGAGACACUUAUAAAAGACAAAAGGAUUUUUCUUGCGCACAACAAUAUCCUUGAUGAACUCAGCAUUCCAACGUCAGAAUAUUUUCAAGUAGACUGGACUCUAGGACCCAGUGUUCUCAUCAUCGGGAAUGAAGCCACAGGCUUGGGAGAAAAUGCAAAGAACUUGGCAUGCCAAAAUGGUGGACAACUAGUUCAUGUGCCAAUGGCGAACACAAUUGACAGUUUAAGUGCAGCAAUGGCUGGAACAGUAAUUAUUUAUGAGGCUUACAGACAAUGCAUUACUACAAAACAAUUCAGAGACAAGACUAGAACAUAAAAGAAUAUUAU